AUGUCUGGAAAGGAUACGAUCUGUUCUUGGUCAUUUCUAGAUGUAGAGACGCCAAAACUGCCUCGUUUGUUUGCCGCGGCGGUGGAGAAACCUGUGGUUUCUGUGGUGCAUCUGCCUGUGCCUGAAAUUCAGGAUGGAAAAGUAACAGUCACGAUCUCGGAGGAAGGUUAUCAAUCGGGCUUAGAGAAGUGCAGACAUAUGCUUUUGGCUCGCCUCCAUUUAGAUACUAAAGAAAAACCCUAUUCUCUAGUUGAUUUGCGCAAGAAACGAGUAUGGUUUGGGGUGAGAUUGUCUGAUGAGAUGAUGUCGAUGGUUUGGGGGAAAGGGGCGAUAGUGUUGAAGCCUGGUCUUCUUAGAUUCAUGCGAUGGACACCCAACUUCUCUCCUGCCAAACAAAGAAACACCAAUGCUCAGGUGUGGGUGCGACUGUGGAAUUUAGGCCUGGAAUUUUGGGAGCCUUUAACACUAUUUGAGAUAGCUAAUGGAAUUGGUGUUCCAGUGAAAAUUGAUCAGAACAUGAUGGAGAGGAAGCUAGGGCUUUAUGCUAGGGUGUUGGUGGAUAUUGACCUCUCCAAGGAUCCUCCCUGUGACUUGACUGUUCAGAGGAAAAGUGGUGAGGUUGUGGUGGUGGAGAUUGAGUACGAGCGCCUUCCGGAUUAUUGUUUUCAUUGUGAGACAAUAGAGAGGGUUAGGGGGCGCUCACGCAAGCAUAAGCCCCGACGUCGUCCAAAACUUAAGCAGGUUUAUGUUUCUAAGCAACCCAGGAAGGAGACGGGGAAGCAAGUAUUCAUAAACAAUACUCCCCCAUUGGCAAAUGAUCCAGGAGAGGUUCCUUCUUUCUCUAAAGUUCCCCAAGUGGUAUUGGGGAAUGGCACUGAAGGAGUUUUUGGUCCUGUUGAUCAUGGAAUCAUUGAGGAAAAUGGAGUGAUUAUUGGGGCUGACCACCAACCGGGUCAGGUGAACAAUGUGGUGCAACAAAUUGUGGGGAGGAGUGUGCAUGACAGUGAUCAACAAAUUAUUAUUGUACCUCAGGAAGCAAACGAAGAUGUUGAGCAAACAAAUGGGGUUGAACAAUUGGAAGAAGAUGGGAUUCACAGUGGCAACGAUGAUGAUGGUGGCUGUGACAGAAAUGUCAAUGAGGGUUCUGCUUAA